AUGGACAUUUUCAGGAUCUUAACUAGAGGUGCUUCACUCAAUAAGAAGAAAAAUGUCACGACUGACCAUACACUUCCUAAAAACACCAAGAAUUCCCACGAAAAACACAAGGAAGAAACUUUACAUAAUCAAGUUGAAAGAGAAACCGACUUCUUCCAUACUAGAAAACACAGUAAACCAGAAGAAGAGAACAAACAAGAAACAACAGAAGAAAAGGAAGAUGAAGAUGAAACUCCGCUUUUAGAAAUAAAUUCCGAAGAAGACGCUCAAAAGUUUAGAAAACUGCAUAAAUCAAAAGUCACUGGUGAUGACAUCCCAUUACCAAUUGGUUCCUUUCAAGAUAUGAUUGGUAGAUUCAACAUCGACAAGAAGCUUUUAACCAACCUACUAGCUGCUGAAUUUGUGGAACCUACUGCCAUCCAGUGUGAAUCUAUUGCUAUAAGCUUAUCCAAUCGUGACUUAAUCGCAUGUGCUCCUACCGGGUCAGGUAAAACAUUAGCAUUUUUAAUCCCAUUAAUUCAAAAGAUCAUUACUGAGCCAGUAGGAAAGAACCAUGGAAUUAGAGGUUUAAUUAUAUCUCCAACCAAUGAAUUAGCUCAUCAAAUCUUCAAUCAAUUAGAAGCAAUAACUAAAGGAUACAGUAAACGAUUAAACUGUGCAAUCUUAUCCAAGCAAUUAGCCAACAAAUUGAAUAAUAAAAUCAUCAAUCUGAGCAAAUACGAUAUCAUAGUGACCACUCCAUUACGUUUGAUUGAUAUUGUUCAUAAUCAAGCAAUUGACCUUUCUAAAGUAUCCAAUUUAAUCAUCGAUGAAGCCGAUAAAUUAUUCGACCAUGGAUUCGCCGAACAAACCGAUGAGAUUUUGACCCAUUGUACUUUCCCCCACAUUCAAAAAUCCAUGUUUUCGGCAACCAUUCCUUCUGGUGUUGAAGAAAUGGCCCACUCCAUCAUGAAGGACCCUAUAAGAGUAAUUAUUGGCCAUAAGGAAGCUGCUAAUGUUACUAUUGAUCAGAAAUUAGUAUUUACUGGUAACGAGCAAGGGAAAUUGUUGGCCAUUAGACAAAUGAUCCAACAAGGGCAAUUCAAGCCGCCAAUUAUAAUCUUUUUACAAUCGAUUACCAGAGCUAAAGCAUUGUUUCAUGAGUUAUUAUACGAUAGGUUGAAUGUAGAUGUCAUUCAUGCAGAAAGAACUCCUAAGCAAAGAGAAGAGGUCAUUAAUAGAUUCAAGAGCGGUGAUAUUUGGGUAUUGAUUACCACCGAUGUUCUUGCCCGAGGUGUUGAUUUCAAAGGUGUGAAUAUGGUUAUUAACUACGAUGUUCCUCAAACUGCACAAGCCUAUGUUCAUAGAAUUGGGAGAACUGGUAGAGGUGGUAAGACGGGUACCGCAGUUACCUUUUUCACCAAAGAAGAUGAUCAAUUAGUUAAACCGAUUAUUAAUGUUAUGAAACAAUCUGGAUGUGAACUGGGAUACAGUGAAUGGAUGGAAGAUAUGGGUAAGUUAUCUAAGAAGGAUAAACAGAAACUCAAGACCCACGAAGUCACUAGAAAACAAAUUAGUACUGUUCCUAAAGUGAUGAAACAAAAGAGGAAACAAAGACAACAAAUGAUAGAAGCUUCCAAAAAAGAGAAAGCAAGAUACUGA